GAAAGACGCAGCCUAAAGUAAAGUGUAAACACAAAGCAAUGCAACCAUCACAAGCCACAUGGUAUUUUGCUUAAACCUGCAAAAAUCUCUGUGGCAUUAUUCACUCCCACUCCCAUUUUCGCUUAAUUAUUUAAUAGUUUUCUAUGAUAUAUUAAUUAUUACUCGCCUACUUGUUUUCCUCUUGACUCGCAUCCAUUAUCUCUUCAACACAAUAACCACAUCAGAGAUUUUCUCUAACUGAAACCCUCAAGAUAUGCCUGAAGAAGCAGAAGAAUCCACGUCUGUUCCUCUCAGCCAUCCCGACAAUGGCGGCGACGAUCCCGAGGAUCCAGCCAAGUCUCCCCCGUCUUCCUCCAAUUCCUCUACUCGCGAGGCUUGCUGUUAUGUUCUCCAAAGUUGGGUCUCAAAGAAGUUUAUGACUGGAUGUGUUGUACUUUUCCCCAUAGCGGUGACAUUUUUUAUUACAUGGUGGCUUGUUCAGUUUGUUGAUGGUUUCUUCAGCCCAAUUUAUGAACGGCUUGGCAUUGACGUAUUUGGACUUGGAUUUGUCACUUCUCUGGUGUUUGUAUUCUUUGUUGGUGUUUUUGUCUCAUCAUGGAUAGGCUCCACUGUUUUCUGGCUUGGGGAAUGGUUCAUAAAGCGAAUGCCCUUUGUUAGGCACUUAUAUUCAGCAUCCAAACAAAUUAGUGCUGCAAUUUCUCCAGAUCAGAAUACAACAGCAUUUAAAGAGGUUGCAAUUAUCCGUCAUCCUCGUGUUGGUGAAUAUGCAUUUGGUUUUAUCACAUCAACAGUAAUCCUUCAGGUAAGAGAUAAUGAAGAUGAAGAGUUAUGCAGUGUUUUUGUCCCAACAAAUCACCUGUACAUUGGCGAUAUAUUCCUUGUGAACUCUAAGGACAUCAUAAGACCAAAUCUGUCAAUACGAGAAGGCAUAGAGAUCAUUGUCUCUGGAGGUAUGACAAUGCCGCAAAUGAUUAUGCCUCUGGAACGGAUUGCUCGACAAAGUGAAAGAAUUCCUUUGAACAGGAUUGUUUGAUGGCACCAAACAUAGAAACAAAGAAGCAACUCUCUUCAGUUGCUUUCAAUUCCCACUGACAAGCAAGAGCUUGGAGCUUGGACAAGGUUAGUUGCCUGUUGCACUGAGCCUUGACAGAAGAAAGAAUUAGUGUAUACCUGCUUCAAGCCUGUAAUUAAUUAUUUUUCUUUUUCCUUUUUGCUGUCAUCAGUUUGGAAGCUGGAUAAUAAAGUUUUAAGCUUUACUUUACAGUUGUUAUAUGCACUGUGUAUGGAAUCAAAUGAACAUAAAAUUCAUUUUAAGUUGUAUUUGUAUUUAAUUAAAAUUUAGUUAUAAAUGAA